UGGUGUAAACAUCAAAUGAAAACAAUAACUAAAUUCAGACAACAAGUUAUUUCCAUAUAACAACUUUAUUCCUUUAAACAUCUGAAUGCAUAGGAAGGUAAGUUAGAAUUGAGUGAGAUGUGUGUAAACAAACUUAACAAAGACAUUUCACUCUUAUCGAAUUAUUACUAAGAAUAUGCGUGGUACAAAAUAUAAUACACCAUCGUUCAAUGUCGUUUUUUAUGUAUUGAUGUGUCUUAUGAAUUAUAAUAAUUGUGGAAAGUUUGUUCUGUAAUUUCUAAACAAUGUUAGAAUUGAAAAGUAGAAUUUCAUUAAGAUAAAAUAAGUACGUAUAACUUUAUAUUUUUAUAUAUAAUAUUACACACAAUAUUUAUUUUUAUUUAGCUAAAAUGUAUACUUAUGGCCUGCAAAUGAAUAUGUACACUGUAAUCAGAAUAUAUGUCCGUUUAUUUGGAACAAAAACAGAAUCUGAUCUUAUCUUACACACGUAUAGCUGCUUUCAUAAAAGUAUACUUUCAUGGGCCUAUUUGUAAGAAAGGUGUGACAUCUAUAGCUCUUUGUUUUAAGGUGUAAUUGUAGAUUUCCGAAAUGGCCAGUACAUUACCACAAGCUGAGCGAUUCGUAAAAAUUAUCAACCAACAACUUGAGAUACUCAAGGAAGAGAGGAAUACUGUGAUAGACGCUGUCGACCAGCGAAUCAGUCAGGUUCUUAUCUGUUAACAAUUUAAAUUAAUGUUGAAAACUUUUGUGUUAUAAAAUGUUAUUUCAAAUAUUUUUUUCAAAAGUAAAUUUAAAAAAAGACUUAAAUAUGAUUCAUUUAGUAAGUAUUUUUAACAAUAAUCUUGUAUAUAAUGUGAAGGUACAAAGUGAAGUAAAUGCCUGGAUUAAUGGUGGACUUGUCAAUCACACAACCUAUGCUGAGAUAAACAACCGAAUUCAGGAAAUUUUAACUCUUUUUAUUGACAAAUCUGUUGAAAUUUCAGGUAAUUUUUUUGUUUAUAUCCACAAAAUAUUUGUUGCAGAUUUUAUUUAUUGUACAAUUAUAUAAAUUUACUGUUAGCUACUCGCAAGCAAAGAAGACACAUUAAAUUGCUUAUUUGACUUGGUCAUCCUGAAUUUGUGAGUUUUGUUUUUUGCUGGAACACACACUCUCUAAUUGAAAGUUUUUUUUUCCUUUUGAGUCAAAGUGUUCGUUGUGAUGGUUUUGAUAUUAUUUGAUUAUUGUUCAUUAUAGGUGAGUCUAAUCAGGAUUUGUAUAUUGACAUUUUCUUGACUAUUGUAAAAGCUUGCAGUAUUCUGAGAUACCACUGACAUAUAUUUUACAUCAUAAGAGUUUAUGUUACAUUAAAAGCCCCUUCCCAACCAACCAUGAAAAAAAAGUUGGUAAAAAACGAAAUUAAAAUUAGAGAAUUAAUUAACUAAAAUAAUAAAUACAUACAUAGAUUUAUUAUUUUUAAAAAUUAAUCAUUAAUGUGUACGGCUGAUAGUAGGGAUGCUGAAAUUUGCAGCUGUGGGCAGAAGGAAAUGAAACUAUUUAUUUGGUCUGAAAUUCUCAGAUUACGUUUCUAGAAUUGUGGCCCGCAUUGUAGGUAGUGACGUACUAUUUUGGUAACGCUAAAUGAGGCAUCAAAAUAUGUUCAUAUCUUUUCACGUGACAUACCUGCCAAAUAAAUAAAUUUGUCAUACAAUAAAAAUAACGAGGUAUCUUUAUUUAUGUUUAAGUAGGCGUCUUGGACUUAUAUUUACAGCUAUAAAAAGGUUUAAAACUUCUGUAUUUUGUCACCGGUUUUGUUGCUUAAUUUUGCUCUGAUAUGUGUUUAAUAUAUUUUAAUUCUUAACCUAUUUUGAAAGUUUCAGUCUACCCACAUUGUCUCAAAAUGCUGAUUGGUGAUUUUGCUCAGAAAUGGCUAUCCUGUUUCGUUAGUUUCAGCAGGCAUUCCAUUUCACUGUCCUGAAAUCGUCUUUAUAUAAUAAAAGAAUUCAAUUUUUUUGUUUCCGUUUGAAGAAUUACAUAAAGUUUAAAAAAGGUAUCAGCUCAUUAUGUAAGGUUUUGAUCUUGCAAAGACGCAAAUCUUGAUGUUGUCAUCAAUAGUCCAUAAUUGUAUGUUUUACGCUAUAUUGACUGUUUAUCUUAUGUGUUGCUUGGUGUGUUGCUGGGAUGUCUGGACUAUCAUUCAUAAAUUAUAUAACAACAAUGGUUUAAGGAAUAGUUGGUGAAUAAACUUAUAGAGUGCAACAAACUGGUUGGUGUUUGGUGUAUUGGUAUCAGUUGCUAUCAGUUACACUGGCCCGUGAUGGGAUGAAGUGGGAGAUAAUACCAACACAAGCAAACAUAUUUCAUCAAGGGUAGAUGAGCUCAAGACAGCAUGUUCUGCAUCUCGUCACUGAUCAUUUUCCUGUCCGAAAUUGUAUAGAGUCGACCCGUCGGCUGUGUGAAGUAUCUUGGCCCAUCUGUUCGAGGCUGUGUGUCGCUCAUCCGAAGCUGUCUGAAGUGCUCGUCGGAGGCUGUGUGUCUCCGGUCCCAGCAGAAGCGCCUGUCCCACGCUACGACCCGCUGAUUGGGGUAUUCCAUUAAGCCUUACAACACCUAUUGAUGUACACCACUGCUGACAUUACCCGUUGAGCCUGUACACCGCUAUUGCUGUACCAGGCGGUGGCUUUUCACUGAUGUUUCAUUACACAACUGUUUGCAAUAUCCCGCCACAGUGUGUCCCACUCAUCAAUGUGUUUCGCUGGUUGCUGUACACCGCUGUUUGCUGUGUCCCGUGGUCCGUUUCACGAGACAGGUCAACCGCAGCCAAUGCAUCGCCUUGUGUAUGUGCCAAAAAGAUGGAGCACAUUUUACUGGCUCAGCAAUCGCAUUGCAAAAGAAAUUUUAAAAAAGAUCCCUUACAUGCAUAAAAUUAUAUAUAUCCUUGUAGGAAAGUGAAGGCACUAAUUACCUCUUUAUAUAAAUCAAACCGAAUUCGCAAAUGAGCUUUCAUGAUUUACAAAAUUUUUGCGUUAAAUGUUUUGUAAAUUUUAGAAUAAACAUAACUUACUUGUAUCACUUGUGUGAUUUUUUUUUUUUUUUGGAUUAAGCCUGAAUAAUUCCUAACACUUUGUGUUUUUUGAAAAAUAUAACCAUGUUGGCACUUCUGACCCUUCUGGCCCAUUGAGUCCCUUCAGACACAUCUGUGUCAAAUUGUAGCUCUUGGUGUCCUGUUGUCACCCACCCUUCGAAGCCAGACGCUCAUCCAUGUGACACCCUAGUCUCUACUUCAUCACACAAACCAGUGUAACCGACGUAAGCACAGGCAACCUGAAUAUGUUGAUACGAGUUCAAUGCUAUAAUUUAGUAUGCCUCGUCCAACCUGACAGAUCAAUGUACUUCAAAAAUACAACUCGUAAACUAUAGAUCAACGUUCCACUUCAACAAUCUAUCUAGCUGAAUCUUCACACACAGUUCAAGCUACGCCUUGAAUAUCACACAAAGGCCAUCUAUACCUUCUGCCACAACUCAAACUUACGCGUCAUUUCCCCUUACACAAAUACGUCACAACACUCUCACUCCAUCGAUGCAGCCACACAUAAAAUCUCUAAACAAAACCUGUUUUCCAUCCCAAACAUAACAACAGUGAUCUACACAUAACAACAGUAAUCUCAUGCCCUUGACAAUCUGGCCCUUUGAGGUCCUUCAGACACCUCUGGCCCAUGGAGGCAAUUCAGACACCUCUGGCUUAUGGACGCCCUUCAGACACCUUCGGCGUGGCCCAUGGAUGCUCUUCAGACACUUCUGCCCCAUGGAGACCUUUUAGACAUCUCUUGCCCAUGGAGGCACUUCAUACACCUCUGGCACAUAGUUCUAAUCCUUUUCCUUCCUUCGGCUAUUUUUUCGAUGGCUACAGACACUCACUGUAACAGGAUCCCCAUUUAUGACAUUGUGACAUUUUCUUAUGCUGGAUGUUACUGAGAAAUUUGUAUAAAGAACCUAUUGGUCUCUAUCAUAAACAUUUGAGCAAUAUUAAGUGUUAUAAAUUGCAUAAGUACUUUGAUGGGAUACCGAUGCCUUGAGGCAUAUUUAUAGGACCUAUAUUUUCUGAGGGGUCAUCUGUAUCCAGUUGAGGACCCCCAAUAUCAAACCAAGGGUUUUGAACAUUAUCAUCUACAUAAUCAUUUUGAUCGUCUUGAUAACUUUCCUUGUUGUUUUCAUCAGUGUCAGAUUCACUGCUAGAAUAUCAAAACCACUAAGGAUAGUUUGUACAGUGUCACUGUCAGACAUUUUGGAAUUUUACAAUAUUGCUUGCAACACCCAUACAAAAUCCUGAACACAGCUAAAACUAGUAAACAAUAAACGGAGGCCGCCAUUAAAAUUCAACAAUGAGCAUAAAAAUGUGAGACACAGUCUGAUUAGCUGGUACUAGGACCAGCUAACCAAUCUCGAGGCUUAAAUAAUCGAGCCGAUAGACCGACCAUACGUGUUUUCGCUACUUUACAUUGGGCCGAUAGAUCAGCCCAUCAAUUCCAAGAGGGUUAAACCUAAGACAUUGGAUCUCAUUUUACCCAUUUGAUCGCAGUACAACUUUUAAAUAGAACAGAAGCUACCACAACGUUUCAGAAAUAAAGAAAAAUGCAAACAAUUUAAAAGUUAGCUAGCUAAAUUGAUUAUGUUAAGGAAUUACAUUUUCAAAAAAAAAAUCAUAAACUUGUCGUUUUCGACAUUUCUUUUAUAAUGCCUCAUUAAUUACCAUAAAUGGAGUAAAAAAAUUGUAUUUAUUGCAAUCAAUGUUUUAAUGUUUUUAUUUAAUCUGACAUCACCAGGCAAAAAUGUUACUGUAAAACAAAAUGAUUUAAACCAAACCUUUUUGACAACUACCAAUAAUUUGAAAAUCCUGGAGCAAUUUAAAAAAUCGAUGAAACCGAAAAUGAAUAUUUUCAUGGACGCUAUGAAACCGUACAUAAUUUAGGUAAAACAAAUUCCUUCAAAGUGUGAGUUUUAUGUUAAUAUCCUAGUUAUAUAGAGCUUGUUUACAUAAUUUUUCGCGUGCGUGCACUCUGAUUGACCCAUCAUGAGACGCUGUGUUCACAGAUGGGUGUUGCUUAGUCUUUUGAUCUGUCGUGUUGAUGCGGCCAGCCACUAAAAAUAAUUAAUCUAUUCCAAAUAGUAUUUUGUAGAAUGAUUGUGAUUGUUCUAGAAAUGCUAUGUAGCUUCUCGAAGGCAUGACUAAGGCAUCGGUAGACCCACCUAUAUAAAUAAUUGACAGACUCGGAAAGAGACGGGAGAUUCAGAUAGAUAUUAUUAACUUUACGAGGCGUGUAUUAUUCCUUGUGUAUUUGUGUGCUCAUACUUAUAUGUGUUUAUUUUCGCAUUCAUCAUUAUUCAUUAGCACAUUAUUCUAACUGUAUUAACUGUGUACCGGUACAAGAUCUACCAUACUGUAAGUUGAAGAGUGUCAUUAUAUUUUAUUUUAUUUUGUAAUUAUCUUAAGACAUAAUAAAUAUUAUUAAUUGUAACUAGAAACUGCUUUGGGUGUCGUAUCUUUAAUAUUGUUGACUCUAUGGUAUCGUCCUUUGUUAGGCGCUGUUUACAACGAGCCAAUUAAGAUUAAAAGGAGAUUAAUUUCUCCCAAUACAAGUCAGUGCGUAACAAUCCGAUAUUUACAGAUUGUGAUAUAAAUAGUUCAAAUAAAAUUUUUAAUUUAUACUUUAAAAAAAAAUCACACCGAAAUAUCAAACACAAUUUAUUUUAGAGACCAUUGAUGCCACAAUAUAAUGGAAUGGCGAAUACUGUUGUUGAGAAUCAAAUAAUAUUUUCCAAUAUAUUACAACACAUGAUAAGUAUAAAGACGGUGUUGGGGUUAAGCUUUAACCGCUUCCAAUUUAUUUCUCUCAUUGCAAUUACUUCCGCUUUCAUGACAUUUUAUGAUAUCAAUUUUCGACGACAGGUGUAGAUGUAGGAUCCGAUGCUUCUCAUAACAUGACGAUGAGAUUUGCCAAACUAGAGGAAGCUGUAGACUCACUCAAAAAGAAAACAGAAAACGUUAAGGACAAAAUUGAAAAUGUGGAUAAGAUAUUAAAAAAUGUCUCGACUCAACAAGAAAAGGAUCAUAACAAAUUAGAAAUUCUAACAAAUGCAAAAUUGAAGUCGGAGAACAAGCUAAAGAAUAAAAUUACGGAUCUGGAGAAAGAAUAUCAAGACAUUAAAUUAAAUAUUGAUGAUCUUGUUGGAACUGUAACAAAUGUUGAUGUCAAGUUAAACAGAUUAGAAAAUGAAAAUAAUUCCUUCAAUAUCUCAAUGAAUGAACUAAACCAACAGAUCAGCUCUGUUAGAACUUGUAGCAAUGACGUCCUUAUGUCUAUACAAGAUUUGUCAAAGAGCGUCGAGAGUACAAAUCAACAUUAUAAUGAAAUGUCGAAUAAAAUGAAUCAACUGAAAAUCUCCAUGAAUCUCAUGUCAUCUCAGUGCACAGAGCAGUUUGAAAAUAUGAGCAGUCUAAAUAAAGAUAAAACAGACGAUUUGGUAAGCUUUGAAAUAAAUCAUUUCAAUUUGUAUGUGUGUUAUAAUAUAAAAUUUCAUAAAGUAUUAUAUUUGUUAUUUAAUUUCUAAUUAGAAGACUCUGGUGCUAAAAAGUAAUUAAGUCACAUUUUUAACAAAAUAAAUCUAAACGUUGAACUUUUCUAAUCCUUUUUUGCCAAGUAUACUAUAUACAUUUGAAGACAUUAAAAUGUACCUAAGUUCCUUAUUUAAGCAAUGCAAACAAUGAAAAUGAUCAGAUUUCAUAGACUUAAAGACUAUUUCAAGUUGAAUAUCUCAAAAUGCGUAUUUUCUGAGUUAAGUAAAUACGUUUUCAUCUUAAAUAAAAUUAUUUUGUUCAGAAAAGUUUUGAAAUGUGUUGAAAAUGGCCAGUAAAAUUAACAUCAUAACUCAAAUGUUAAGAUUUCAAUGCACCUCAAAGUAAAGGUUUAAAAGACUGUGCUAAAAAAUUUAGAUAAUUUCUUAGCAAAUUUCAAAAGAAAUCAUUAAUACUACUUAAUAAUGUUUGUGCGGCCAAAGUGCUCAUUUAUCAUGGACCACGCUAACAUGUUAGAAACCAUCUACAUCUGCAAUGCUAAACCAUUAAAUAUUAAUUUUUUAAACACAUCAUUCGUUCGCUCCCUUGAUUUUCCAACUUCAAGUCCACCUGUAACAAGAGACCAUGAACUCUCAUGGUCUAUCGGUGGAUGAGUAGUUACGUGCAGCUGAGUCUUCAGGAGAACUAACGUUGCCUUACGUUAUUUGUAAAACUAAAUAAAAGGAAAAAAAAAAGUGCGUUAGGAGGGGUUAGUUGGUUAAUAGUUUGCUUCGCUUUCUAUAAUAGGGCAAAAAUGAAUAUGGUUUAUUUUAAAUGUGUGUAAUACGAAAGCCAAUCAAGUACUUCUUUUUGUUAAUCCUUCAAAAUUAGACCCAAAAAUUGUACUUAGAAAUAUUUUGAAAGAUUGCAUUACACUUUAUGUGAUUCCAAAGAUGAUCUCUAUUUAAUUCACGAUAAAACACUUUUAUGCCCCUGAAUGUGCAAUCAGUUAACUUGAAUUAGUUAGUGUAAAAUAUAUUUAAAUAAUUUGUUUCAACAAAAGAUCUUUUAUUUGUUAAGCUCUAUCCAUGAUGAUAUUUGCAUGUUACACAGAUUGGUAUGGUUUGUCAACUGUUAGCUAAGAGACUGACUCCAUUGGAAUAUUUAAAUGAGACAUUAAACAAGAAAGUCAACGUUAUCGAAAAAGAACGUUUUGAGGUAUUGUGUUAUACUCAAAUGUUAUUAGAAAUAUUAAAAGCAGCUCUCAGAGUUAUUGCGUUAUACUCAAAUGCUGUUAAAAAUAUGAAAACAAUCUUUUUAUAAAUAUUUAUUUUUACUACAUUUUAAUAUAAAUUCAUGUUCUAAAAAAAAAUAUGUAGUAAUACUUUUAACUUGUUACAUUUUUGUGUGAUCUUCCUUGUUCGUAUUAGUUUUAGUACAAGUUAUAUGUCUUUUAUGAUCUCAAAAAAUGCAAUUUGUAAACUAUUACUAAAAUAGUGUUCUUCACAUAUUAUUUCUCUUAUACUCAAAACGGCUUUAAAUAAAUACAUUCUUAAAUGUAUAACGUCUCACGUCACAUAAGAUGAUUUAGGAAAUAGUAAUUCAACAUGGCCCACUAUAUAUCCAUGGACUUUCUCAGACAAUAUAACUACAUCACAUAACACUUAACAUCCAACACAAUGUUACACUCGUUACAGACAUUAAUCACUUGUAUUUUCCGACCUCACUUGGGCGGGUAAGAUUGAAUAAGUAUUAUAUCAAUGUCCAAUAAUGUGUUUCCACUCAUUCAUUUACAGAAAAAUUAUAUUGAGGACCGUGUAGCUGAAAUAACUAACAAAAUUACAGAAAUCGGUAAGAUUUUGUAAUUAGCAAAAAUCAAAUGGAAAAAAAAUACACUAAACUUUAAUAAACGAUUUUAGUUCAUAUUUGUAAUGAAAAUCUGAUUCUAUGUUUUAAAACAUUUAUUUGUAAGUAUCAACAUAUUCAAAUGCACAGUGUAGCAUUUAGCUGAAACUAUUGUUUGCAGUUGUGUGAGUGGGUAUGUGUGUAAUAGUGUGAGUAAACGUGCAUUUGUUUAAGCGUGCGUUCGUUUUUUUGUGAGAGUAUUUAUAAAAUCAUUAUUAUUUUUAAUUCAAUGCCUGAUUUUCAAAAUAAAAUUUGAAUACAAUUUCAUAUAACUUUGCUCUAAUAGUUACAUUACCUUUACAUAUAUUUAAGGAUAAUAUAUGUUUUUAAAAAUAACAAAUAUUGUUAUAUUUUCUAGCCCAAUAGAGUUAUGAAAAUGUGUAUUUUGUCUGAAUUAAUAUCUAUUUAAAAGAAACAUGUGAUUCGUUUAUUAUUUGGCCAGUGUACCGAGAAGUUCAAGAAUUUUGUGAGAUAAAUGUUUAUAAAGGUUGGGUUAAGAGAGGAUCCACUAUAAAAAUGUUAUGACUGAGUUUAGAAGUGUAGCAGUAAGAUGAGAGGGCAGAAUGAUAGUGUUACGGGAAGACAAAGUCAUGUGGAAGUGUAAUUGAAAGAAAGCGAGAAGGGAUAUAAUUUAUGUUCAUUGAGAUUAACAAAUAUCAUCAAUGCAAAAAAAAAAAAUGAAUUAAAAAGAAUCAAAGGAAGCAAAUAGAACAUUAAAAGGAAAUUGAUCUUUCACUCCUAGUUUCUCCUUUAAAUUCUAGUUAGUAAUUAAAUAUUUUAUGUGCUUUCACUUGAAUCCCUUGGCUUUUUUAGAAGACACGGAAAUUAUAAAUAUUUUAGAUGAUAUAGUGUCGCUGAUGAUUAUUAAAUCAAAAAUAGUUUUGUGAUUUAUAUAUUUCUUUUAAAGUUAAUUAAAAUACAUCAUCACUUCCAUUAGCGAUGGAAAAAAGUUAGGGUUACGCAAACUUUCGUAAUAUCUAAUCUGAUCAAUAAAAAUGUGAAAACAAUGGAAAAAAAAAUAUUUUAAAAAAAAAAUAGAUACCUUUUUAAUAUGAACUAUGUGCUUGCUUUGAUUCUCACAUCCUAGUGAUGCCACUAUGUGAAUUUAUAAAAUUUAUGCUUUUAAUAUUAUCUUUUUUGUAUUUUUCACAGAACUUAAGUGCAAUCCACCAAAGGUCGGUUUCUUUGCCUGUAAAAAAUAUGUUCUUCAAAGCGAGGGAUUAUGUACUAUAACAUCGUAUAAUAAAGUCUGCGCUUAUUAUGGAGAUCACUUUGAUCAAUCCACUGGCAUAUUCACAGCUCCUCUAAAUGGCUUGUACUUAAUAACCAUUAUGACAGGAAGCUCGUCUAAAACUAUAACAAAUACAAUCAAUGGUUAUCGGAUUCGUAACGAUACCUCAAUUCAAAGUAUCUUUUGUCAUCCUGUUUCUAUAAACCAAACAAUAACGCGGUGUGCUAAAAUUGCAGCCGGUGACAAAUUAUAUUUGAAUUGUCAGACAACUGAUAAACAUGAAAAUGAUAAUAUUACUAUUACCUUUGCAUGUUACUUAAUACAAAAGUUUUAGUCUUCUGCAGUGUAAUAAGAAUAUUAAAACAACAUAACCUGCACUUUGUAAAUUAAUUUUUAACAGUGUUAAUGAAAUGAAAUGAAAUGACGUCAAACAACGAACACAUUCUUUAGCACGAUGUUUAAAUCAAUGUUAAAAAUUCUAGCUGUUCAUUUGUUUAAUACGCUUUACCAUUAAUUCCCAGCCUGUAUAACAUCCAAGAUUUCAACUACAAAAUAUAUUAUAGCCUCCACCACCGAUAACCCCUUUAAAACUCAAAUAACAUUUAGAAACUAAUUAAUAAUUGUUUUGAGUUGCAGUCGAAGUGUUGAAAUUGCCUAGGUAUAUUACUGAAAAAUUUGACCUCAUGUAGAGAGAUGAACUGUAAAACUGGUCAAACAGCUAUAAAGGAUUUCAUUUUUGCAGAAGACUUAAUAGGUCUUAUUUCAUUAGUAGGCUAUAUGAGACAUAGAAAAAAAACAAUUGGACAAACGUUUUCAUUUUAAGCAUGAUAUGACUACCAGACGUUAUGGAGCCGCGAGUGUUAACAUUGUUUUGUUGUGUUUUUUUUGUGGCGAUUAGGUUAUUGGUUUUAGUGAUCUUUUGUUAAAGAUUUUAUUUCAAUACAUUCUCAACAUUUUUCACUAAGAAAUGUCAGUAAGUCAUAUUGCUUUGUAGCAUUACAAAAAAAGGUAAUUAAAAUAAAUUGUAUAACCGUUUAGUACCGCAUAUAUUGAAAUGUACAAAUGCGGUAGUUAUUUUAACGGUAGAGCUUAUAUUUAGGCGUAUCACUUGUGGCCGGACUGCGACAAUGCGAUCUGCAAACAUGUUAAUUGAUAUGUAACCCAUACUACUAGCCUGAAAUGACAAAGCCAAUUCCGUUUUUAUAUCUAGAAACGAAAAAUAUUUCUUUAGAAAAAAAUAUUCAGUUCACACUUCACAUCGAUUGUAAUUAGCCGAUUAUGAACAAUCGCUUGCUGUACAAAGUUUAUGCAUAUGUUAUUUUUACAUCUAUGAAUUGUAUUUAUCAACUUUCAAGUAUUUUAUUUAUUCAGAAAUAACACACUUUUCUGAAUCAAAGAAAAACAUUGAAAAAACAAUUUGAAAAAUAAAAUCAACACAUUGUAAUUGAUAUUUAACCUGAUAACCGGAAAAAUGAUUAUCAUAAUAUAGCAUCAUUAGUUACGUUAUAAUACAUUUUAUGGGACAUUUUAUCCUUAGCUAGAGUUAUAACAUUCUACUUUCUACCUGCAUCAAAUUUUAGUGACAUGUAAAUAGUUCUAGAAUGGGUAGAGUGAUUAUACAUUCAUUUUGUUUUAUUUAAUUAAUGUAUAUAAUUUUUUUUUAAAAUCAUGAUUAUAUUUGUUAAAUUCUAUGUACAGCGUGGUGACCCAAGCACUAGGCUGGAGUACCACGCUGUAUAAAACCACUAAUAAAAAUUAUAAUAGUAAUAUGUCAUGCCAAAUAUUAAAAUAGAUUACUUAAUAUAUUUUUUUUUUUAUUUCUGUAAAAUGUAGACCCUUUAAAUUAAAAAAAAAUCAAUUUCACUAUAACUAUUAAUGUUGAUUUCAUUAU